AGAUAUCCGGGACAAUAGCCUUGACGUCAACACGAGUUUUGUUUCAGUUUACCGCCUGCGGCGAUAACACGUUUUAUUUAUACGUUUUCCCGGUCAACAAGAGGCGUAUCUGGCGGUUGUUUGUCCUUCAGAACAAAGCUGCAAGCGGUUAGCGCGCAAAGGUAAGCAGAAUUAACAUCUGACAUUAGAUAAUACAAAACCAACUGUUCUGCCUCUCCAUGUAAUGAAUGAGCGCACUAGCUGUGCGAAACAGGAAGAGAUGAAUCAGUGUUAAAGUUCGUAUUUACAAUUCAGUUGACUUCGAACCGAAUAUAGCAUAUUUAUGUUUUCGCCGUAGAGUCUUUUUUAGUCUCUAAGAGUGCGAAAUAUUUGGCAUUACCAGUGAAGUUUAGCGAGUGAACAUCGAGCAAUCCGGCUUUAAUGUUGAAAUGUUCGUUUUCUCUCGUAAUUUUCGCUGAGGCCGGUUCCUUUAAGUGUGGUAUUUACGAUGGAUUAAGUCAUGAUGCAGAGAACUUUCGUCGUUGAAGAUUAGACUCCUUGAAUUGCACGCUUGCAUGUUCGUUUCUUGAGAAUUGCACCCAUGCAUCAGAAUAUUAAUUGCUCAUUGAUUACAAAGUCAUACACGCAUCCCUUAACAGACUUACGAAAAGAUGAGCUUAUUCAAUUUUAUGUAGGAGUAUUUAUUUUAUCUUUGAAGUAGCUAGACACUAAUAUCAAAGCAAAACCACUGCAUUUUUAAGCAAUGUGCAUUCAAUGAAAUCCUUAUCUCGGAAUUUGUUCUGGACCAAUUUUGACUCAUUGUUACUCGAAUUUGUUCCACGUGCAUUCAAGAUGUCAUCGCAUACAAUAAAUUUCGGAAAAUAUUUGUCACUAGUGUCGGUUUCAUGCAUCGGUUUAUUUUCUUUAGCAUUACGGGGGCAUAGGAACAGGAUUAUAACAAUUUUAUCGAAAAAAUCCUGGAAAAACUCAAAUCCUCUUAUAAUAAUUCGCAAGUGAUGCUGAUGUUUUGGCUCAGAGUAUUGACCAUAAGGUCGUGACCUGGGCCAUGCCACCCGCGCAUCAGAGACGGAAAACUGGUACGACAAACUCGCCUGAUUCACAUCCGGUUAAAAGAAAUUAAGUCAUAUCCGGUCGCAAAAUGAUGGCGGUGACAACGCGAACAUUGGUCCGAUUUAACAAUAUCUUUCGCUCAAUUGUGAAGUGAAAUGGCUGAAUGCGGGUGAUGUAUUGAUUUCACGUUCAAUAAAAUACUGGCAUUUGUUCUGUUCCGAAAAUUAAAAUCUUCCUCGCGCUUAGCUCUAUAAAAACUAGCAUUCGGAUCUUCUUCUCCUAUCCUCCGUUGCCCAGUCUCCAACACUGCCUUUGUUUGUUGUUGUUGCCUCGCGUGACUUUCGCUUCAUUCCCAGAGAGCGUUUGUGAAAGAGAGAACGACUUGCGUGACAAGAACAAACAUCGGCUGCAAAGAUGACAAGCACCCAUAGCGAAAACCAUUUCGCCCAAACAACCUACAUUUCAAGUCCAAUGUUUUUCCUCAUGGAAAUACUCCUGACUUUUCGCCCUUUAGGCCAGACUAGAAGGAUGUUUUUCAUGUGACUGGCUAAGAUAAGCCUUAUGCAAUUGAAGUGGUCAAAAAUUUCUCUCUCUCCUUAUCUCUGGACAUCACACUUCUCAGAAACGCUUAGGGCGUAAAGAGCGGCAUUGAAAACGGACAUUAGUAAACAGAAAAACGGCGCCGUGUACUUCCGUAGAGUUUUUGAGAUUUCACUGAAUUGUCAGAUAACUGCCACAUUGAAAGGGUCAUCUCAGACUUCAAUACAUCAGGCAUGACCUCGCAACUGGAAGCUGUUGUCGUUCGCGAGUUCUUUUCACGAGCAGUGGGCGAAUGCGACUCUACGACGAAUGGCGAUGUUUUGUCGAACGAUUCACCGCGGCUGGAAACCGAUACCAUACAGAAAUUUUUAUCGGUCUGUUUAAAGCAAUACUUUCACUGCUUCCCAGACGAAUCAAAGGAUGCACCAGAAGACAACAGUGUGGAAAGCCAAUUAAGUGCAGAUAUUUCUUGCAAAUUUUGCAAAGACGACAUGGCACCAGUAACACUGGCUUUGAAGAAUCACCUUGACGUGUGCCCUUUGUUUCCAGUCAAAUGUCCUAACAUGUGUGGAAAGAUGGAGGUACCUAGAGAAAAGCUUUCCAAUCACAUCAUGGAAGAAUGCCCGAAGACUUGUGAACAUUGUCUCUAUCACGACAUCGGUUGUGCCUUCCAGGGUGCUAGGAGUGACUUGACGAAGCACCUUCAGGAUAAUUCCGAGGAACAUUUACAAUUAGCUUUGGAAGUGAUCAGAGAACAGAGAACUGAAAUGGGAAUACAGCGAGGCCGACUGAGGAAACAGGAGGACAAUAUAAAUCAGCUGAUGGAAAGUGUCGCCAAACUGACAGCACUGUGUGAAGAAACACUAAAAAAUAAUGCCGACCAGGAAAAAACAAUCAAUCGAUUGUCUGAACAGUUAAAAGAGCAGAAAAAGCAUCAAUCUAAACACGAGAAAGAGUUGAAGCAGAGAAUGGCCGAGUUAGAGAACCGCGAGUUAGAAAUGCCCCACAACGGAUUAGCUCGUUCUCCGAGACUUGACGGUUACGGAGAACUUGUUUGGCGAGUUUCGAACUUCUCCCGAAGAUUGCAACGCGUCCAGUCGGGUCGCUGCGACGACCCGAUGACCAGCGAGUCCUUCUAUACUUCGGCAUUCGGUUACAAGAUCGUCGUAUGGGCCUACAUCAAUGGCAGAGGCAAAGAAACUGGGCAUUGCUUGUCUUUGUACGCCUGCGUCUUGUGUGGAGAGUAUGACGCAGUACUUUCCUGGCCGAUCAAACCUCGAUACACAUUUUCAUUGUUAGAUCAAAAUCCAAAUCCUGAGGCGAGAAAGGAUUUAACGCGCACACGCAAAGUUCAUGACUUCAAACGUGAUGACGUCAGAAGAAAGGGAAUUGAUCGGCCUGGUCGAGAUGAGAGAGCCAUCAUCGUUGGAUUUGACGAUUUUGUUAGACACGAUGAACUCGAGGCUGGUAACUUUUUAGCUGAUGAUACUUUAUUUGUUCGCAUUCUUGUCGACAUUCCUGAAUCUUGAGGAAUUUCCUUAUGCGAUUGGUGUUACUUGAGGGGAAUUCCUCGCGAUUUAUGUGUAUUUAUGAAAAAGAACCCAGAUUUUUCAAAUUCGUCAUUUACAAUCCGCGUCAAUUUCCUCAUCCUUGAACAUCCUCGCUCCUAUAUCCUCACAUAAACUUUCCUACCAUAGUAAAUUUUUUCAACACAGGGUUCAAACGUCGGGCAUGCGCAGAGAGAUCAUUUUUUUUGCCGGCCGCGCGUCAAUUUCCCGCGCAAAAUUUUAAAGGAACAGGAAACAAUAUAUGGGAAAAAAAUUUAAUUCUAUAAAAAGAAACACAUGUAUGAAAAUGAAACACGUAAGCCUUGUUACACACAGAGCUCACGGUAUCCUGUUGAUUUACCCAUUUGUUUUUAGCUAUUUGGCUCCAAAUACCUUAACUUGCUGCCCUGUGUAGCUGCUUGCAACUACUGCAAGCACAUCCUACUCAACGCUCACACGUGUGCAGAUGUUUGACGCUCUGUUAACUUAAGAUGAGGUCACUUAACAUGCCACCAAAAGGAACUAAAACUGUAUUGAUGCAGCUCGUUCAACGUCAAAGCUAGAACUUGCAUAUUGGACAAUUUGAUAAAGAUGCUUUUGAUUGUUGCGAUAUGUUACCGGACUUAUAAGCCCACCAGAGCGCACGCACUACCUUGGUCUCUGUGAUUAUUUUGAUUUUGGUUCUAAUGCACUGAACUGAAACUCGCUCAACUAUAUACUCAACAAAACGUCUCUCUCGUAAUGCUUCAAUGACGAAUGUACAAACUGGCUCUAAGGUGCAAUACGGGAUUUCCAUAUAACUUUUCAGCUAGAAUUACAGAUUCUUAAUUCUAUUUAAUCAAAACAAACUUGUAAGUUAAACGUUUCAAAUGUAGUUUGGUAGUUUCUCUCUGGAUUGUCUUCACUGUGAAGUCUCGCCUGGUGUGAAUAACCUCUAAAAAGGAAAUUAACCUAACCAAUAUUUAUAUUAUUUGGCGAUCUUAAAACAUGAAAUGGUCACGAGAAAUAAUGCUAAUGGUGUUUCGUAACUGUAAAUUCUGAUCAGUGAAGUUAAAUAAACUGAGCUAAGUGGCAGUAAAUGA